CAUUUCGCUACUCACAUGCGCCUGCGCAGUCCUGCUUGUCUGACCUUCAUAGCAGUAACCAUGUUCGCCAGGACCAGCGCGUUGGUGUUCCAGCCACAAUGUGGGCAGGUCAGGAACAUGGUCACCUUGAAGGACAUCACCAUUCGGUUGAAGUCCAUCAAGAACAUCCAGAAAAUCACCAAGUCCAUGAAGAUGGUGGCUGCUGCCAAGUACGCUCGUGCUGAGAGGCAGCUGAAGCCUGCUCGCGUCUAUGGCACCAGCGCCCUGGCCCUGUACGAGAAGGCCGAGAUCAAGGCCCCCGAGGAGAAGGUCGCCAAGCACCUGAUCAUCGGUGUGUCGUCCGACCGUGGGCUCUGCGGAGCCAUCCACUCUGGCGUGGCCAAGGCCAUCAAGGCCCAGAUCGGCAUCAUGGCCGGCGCUGGCACGGACGUCAUGGUGGUGAACAUUGGGGACAAGCUGAGAGCAAUUCUGCACAGGACCCACGGGAAGCACAUCCUGAUGACCUGCAAGGAGGUGGGCCGUAAGCCCCCCACCUUCGCCGAUGCCUCCAUCAUCGCCGGUGAGGUGCUCAACUCCGGCUACGAGUUUGACCAGGGCUCCGUCAUCUUCAACAGAUUUAGGUCUGUCAUCUCCUACAAGGCCGAGAACAGGCCUGUCUUCUCCAACGAGACCGUGGCCAAUUCAGAGAGCAUGGGGGUCUACGACGACAUCGACGCCGAUGUGCUGAGGAACUACCAGGAGUUUGCCCUGGUCAACCUCAUCUACUACGGCAUGAAGGAGUCCACCACCAGCGAGCAGAGCGCCAGGAUGACCGCCAUGGACAGCGCCAGCAAGAACGCCUCCGAGAUGAUUGACAAGCUGACUCUGACCUUCAACCGCACCAGACAGGCCGUCAUCACCAAGGAGCUCAUUGAGAUCAUCUCCGGAGCGGCUGCCCUAUAAACUGGCCAGACCGUUGUUCCAAUUCGGGCUGUUAGUCCUUCUGCUUUACGUGCUGUUCAGCGCUGCCGGAAAAGCUCUCGUCAUAAAGCAUCUGAACAUUCGUGUUUCUAUUUGUAAAAUAUAUAGAAAAAAUUAAUAAUAAACCUCUUACAGAGAACAA